AUGUCCCGGGUCAAAAGAAUCGCUAAGGAGCUCGAAGACGUCAAGAAGGACGCUCUUUCCGGCGUGACGCUGACGUUGGUGGAGGAAGACGACCUGUCGCACCUGAAAGGCACGUUUAUUGGGCCUCCCGGCACGCCCUACGAGGGCGGACUGUUUGAAGUGGACAUCCAAAUCCCGGACGCGUACCCUUUCAAGCCGCCUUUGAUGAAGUUCGACACCAAGAUCUACCACCCGAACAUCUCCUCGCAAACAGGGGCCAUUUGCCUGGACAUCUUGAAAGAUGCGUGGACCCCCAUUUUGACGUUGAAGUCGUCGCUGAUUUCGCUGCAAUCGUUGCUGCAGUCGCCCGAGCCAACCGACCCGCAGGACGCCCAGGUCGCGAAGGUGUACAUGAGCGACCCUAAGAAGUUUGCCGAAACAGCAGCCAGCUGGACCAAGAUCUACGCCCCGAACGACAACUACCAGCCGUCCAAGACCAACUACGACGAGUUUGUGCAGCAAUCCAAGGUCCAGGACCAGGACGAGUGCGCCAAGUACGGCAUCGAGCGCGCCACCGUGCAGAUCUUCGAGGACAUGGGCUUCCCGAAGGACAAGAUCAUCGGUGCGCUGCGCAAGCUCAACCUCAAGAAAAUCCGCGUCGACGACGUGCAGACGCAGCAGUCGGUUUUGGACGAGAUUCUUCAUUAG